CCGCCUUUCCGGAGUUAUUUCAUUAAUAUACGGAGCUUGUUAUUUGUAAUUGUCUCUUAUGUCUUAUGUUCUUGGUUAAAUUGUUCUGGAGUGAUCUAUGAAGUCUAAAAGUGUUCUGUUCUACAUUUUAAUAAGCCUGUGCUUUUUAAAAUGUGAACUUGCCGUCAUUACUUUGCCUCUUGAACCGGCAACAGCUCAUAUUGACACUGAAGCAAUAUUUACUUGUGAGGGAACUGGUGACAUAUUGAAUUGGUUGGUAGAAAGUGUUUCACUAACUGACUCCAUUAAACAACAAAGAGAAGUAACAGUCACUACUACUAAUAUUGGUAAUACUGACUUCUCAUCAGUACUGACAGUAAAGGCAAUACCUAUUAAUGAUGGUCUGGGAAUUGGCUGUGAAGUCAUUUCUUAUAAUCUCUCAAAUCCUUUUAAUCCUUUUAAUCGUGUUGUAUCAGGUAGUGCAUUAACUAUCAGAGGCAUAUCAUCAGUUGAAAAUUUGAACAUAAAUUUCACUUCAAAUGCUUCAUUAAUAACAUGGUCACCUCCUCUUUAUUUCUCAAAUGAUAUUCCUCAUGGAUCUCCUGUUAGCUAUCAAGUAUUAGUUACUGAUGAUGAAAGAGAUAUUAUACUGGAUCAAACUACACCUAAUACAAAUAUUACAGUUCCUAAUGUUUCAGAAUGUGACACAUUUAACGUCAGUGUAACAGCAAUACUGGAUCAAUAUACUUCCAUUGAUGAUGCUAACAAGACAAAUGGAAGCUUUUCAAUUGCUGAAUACGAUGCACAGCCAUUGAUACCUUCUAUUUCUUUUGAACUUGGUUGUCCUCCAUCAAGAAGCCUUGUUUCACUAAUGGAUGGGAAUACUGAAGUUACUGAUAUUAUUAACGAAACUGAUCAUAUAAUUAGAUUCAAGUUGUCACCUUUCAGACGUUAUGAACUAACUGCUGUUGUUGAGAACCUUAGAGGAAAGACCAGAGCAACUUACAACACUUCAAUAUGUAAAAUAAUAAUUAUAAUGAAUUAUUGAUUUCUAUUAAUACAUAUUCUUUAAUAGCUACAUUUCAUACA